GGAGCUGGGGCGGAGGCUGGCGGGGCCCGCCUGGGAGGCGCGCGGUCCAAGUCGCAGGCAUCUCUUCGUCUCUUCCCGUCGGAUCCCGUCCCGGGAUGUCGGGGGCAGGCGAGGAAGAGGCGGGGUCCGCGGGCGGGUGGGGCUCACCCCUCAAGGCCGCCCUCUCGGCGCGCCCGCGUCCUCCCUGCUCCCGGCCCUGCCACUCCCUCGCUGGCCCGAACAGCUGUUUACAACGGAAUCCGGACGCCGGGCGCGAGUGGAGCUCAGUGCCAGAGGAGGUGAUUCCCGGCGCCGGGGACAGAGCCCCUUUCUUUUGCUGAAAGACCCUUUCUGCUGGGGAGCCUCUUGUGUCCAGCCUAGGCCCGCGUGCAGCCCCGACGGAUGACCGUCUUCUUGGCAAGAAAGUGGAUAAACUUAAUUGAGAAUGUCUGAAAACCUUGACAAGUCCAAUGUAAAUGAAGCAGGAAAAUCAAAAUCCAAUGAUUCUGAGCAAGGCCUCGAAGAUGCUGUGGAAGGUGCCGAUGAAGCCUUACAGAAAGCAAUAAAGUCAGACUCCUCCAGCCCCCAAAGAGUGCAAAGACCUCACUCUAGUCCUCCUCGCUUUGUGACAGUAGAAGAACUUCUAGAGACAGCGAGAGGCGUCACCAACAUGGCUCUAGCCCAUGAAAUUGUAGUAAAUGGAGACUUUCAGAUUAAACCAGUUGAAUUACCGGAAAACAGCUUGAAGAAGAGAGUAAAGGAGAUUGUACAUAAAGCGUUUUGGGAUUGCUUGAGUGCACAGCUAAGUGAAGACCCCCCAGCGUAUGACCAUGCUAUCAAACUUGUAGGAGAAAUCAAAGAGACUCUCUUAUCUUUCUUGCUGCCUGGUCAUACUAGACUGAGAAACCAGAUAACAGAAGUCUUGGAUCUGGAUCUGAUAAAGCAGGAAGCAGAGAAUGGGGCCCUAGACAUUUCCAAACUGGCAGAAUUCAUUAUUGGCAUGAUGGGGACACUGUGUGCACCUGCUCGAGAUGAGGAAGUUAAGAAACUAAAGGACAUUAAGGAAAUAGUGCCCCUUUUCAGAGAAAUUUUUUCUGUGUUGGACCUAAUGAAAGUGGACAUGGCCAACUUUGCUAUCAGUAGCAUCAGGCCUCAUCUCAUGCAGCAGUCAGUUGAAUACGAAAGGAAGAAGUUUCAAGAGAUUUUGGAGAGGCAACCAAAUUCCCUGGACUUUGUCACCCAGUGGCUGGAAGAAGCCUCAGAGGACCUUAUGACUCAGAAGUAUAAACACGCCCUGCCAGCUGGGGGAGCAGCUGCUGGCUCUGGGGACAUGCCCAGGCUGAGCCCUGUUGCUGUCCAGAAUUAUGCUUAUCUGAAGCUUCUGAAGUGGGACCACCUCCAGAGGCCGUUCCCUGAAACAGUUUUAAUGGACCAGUCUCGCUUCCAUGAGCUCCAGUUGCAGCUGGAACAACUGACCGUCCUGGGGGCUGUGUUGCUGAUCACCUUCAGCAUGGCAGCCCCAGGAAUUUCCAGCCAGGCCGACUUUGCUGAGAAACUCAAGAUGAUUGUGAAGAUUUUGCUAACAGAUAUGCACCUACCCUCCUUCCAUCUGAAGGACGUCCUCACUACCAUCGGGGAGAAGGUGUGCCUGGAGGUGAGCAGCUGCCUCUCCCUGUGUGGGUCCUCCCCCUUCACCACGGACAAGGAGACCGUGCUCAAGGGCCAGAUCCAGGCCGUGGCCAGCCCCGAUGACCCCAUUCGCAGGAUCAUGGAAUCUCGAAUCCUGACCUUCUUAGAAACCUACCUUGCCUCGGGUCAUCAGAAGCCAUUGCCCACAGUCCCUGGGGGACUCAGUCCAGUUCAGAGAGAGCUGGAGGAAGUUGCUAUUAAAUUUGCUCGCCUGGUCAACUAUAACAAGAUGGUUUUCUGUCCCUACUAUGAUGCAAUCCUCAGUAAGAUCCUCGUCCGAUCCUAACGUGUAUGCACCCUACAGCAGCAGUAUUACUCACUAGCCGCAGAAUACCUGUUCUCAACUCUAAUGUUGCAUUGGAAAAUGGCUAUAUAGUACAUGUCUAUUUAACAGCACCGAUUCCAAAGGGAAGAAUAUUGUGUAUCACUGUUGAAAAGACUUGUUGAAAAAUCCAGUGAAUUCUAUUUUGAGAGAUUGUAUUUAUGAGUGCAAGUUUACAAAUCAAAGAAGCUUUUUGUUCUCGAGUUUUAUAGGUAACACUCGGCUGUGUCUCCACUCCUCCCCCAUCAUGUCCUUCUAAGGAGGCUCUUCUGCAAUCUGGGUAGUUCUUUCAGAUGCCCCAUGCUGAGCUGACAGCCAUCCAAGUGCAAAAGAGACCAAGCCAUGGCCUCACCUCCUGCCCUCCCUCGGACAGCCUUGUCCCUCACCCCUCCCUCCGGGUAGUUUUGUUAGAAGGGCUACAGAACGUCUUAUUGCCAUUUUCUCCCCCUAUUUAUUGCUUCCUCCCUGCCUGGCCUAGCCAGGGCUCCCAGGCCCUUUUUUCUAGAGGAGAGUUAUUUGUCUCUCUCUCUUUUUUCUUUUUUACUUUUUAAAAAAAUAUUUAAACAUUCUUUCUUUUAACCGUCCCCCAAAGAUACAGAGUUAUUGGACUUUAAAAAGCUUGUUAUUUUAUACAAAAUUACUCCUGCAUCUAGGUGAGAGCAGUUAUGACUUAUGAGAUCUAGUGAAAGGAAAUUAUUUGACUUUUAAGCCUUGAAAAUCAAGGAGGAAAUAUUUUGGAAAAUACUUUACUGUAAUGUAAAGGAAGAGAAAUGUCUGGAAUUCUUACUGAAAAAUUGACUCUGAGACAAUACGCAGAUGUGUUGAUUGAAUUAAAUUCUGGAAUUAGA